CUAUCAGAAGGGUGAUCAGAGACAGGCACACCGGGAUCUUGCCAAUCUGAUAUGCCCAAAGUGCGGGGCGAUUUCCAGUGCAGAUAAUGCGGCCCCAACAAUUUUUUUGUUAGCGGUCAAACACACUGGGUUUCAAGCAUUCGAGCGCUGUUGGUCACUGGUGCCCUAUUUCUGCCUGCGUAGUGCUGCUUCUUUUUUUCUGCUCGUGGGAUUUGCCGUGAGGCUUUUAUUCUUGACUUUACUGGCUCCCCCCUGUUUGUGAUACGGCUGUCUGCAUGGAAGACGUAGCUCUCGACGAGUGAUAAAAAGAGGGGCUGACUCUCUUUUCGUCCCUUUUUUUAAUUAUUAUUAUUUUACCUUAUUGAAUAGGUAUCUGCAUUAUUAUCUGAUUCCUGGCCAAAGCUGUGAUAAAGAAAGAGCAAAUCCACCUCCCAUGUCAGGCCGAAACAUCAACCUCCUAAGCCUAGACGGCGGAGGCGUGCGAGGUCUCUCUUCGCUUAUUAUCCUCAAAGAGAUCAUGGAAUCCAUAGACCGCGAGAAUCCCCCCAAACCAUGUGAUUAUUUCGAUUUGAUAGGAGGCACCGGAUCGGGUGGAUUAAUAGCGAUCAUGCUCGGGCGCCUAGAAAUGGACAUUGAUCAGUGCAUUCAUGCUUACAAGCUACUAUCGCAAAAUGUGUUCUCUCAGAAGAGACUCCUACCAAUCGGUAGUAAUCUGCGCAGUCGCGCGAAAUACGACAUCAAGAAGGUGGAGAUGGCGUUACGAAAGAUCUUGCGGGAGCUGAGUUAUGAGAAGGAUGCUCUGUUGAGGGAGGACGCCGGGUGUAAGGUAUUUGUCUGCGCCACCGACGAUACUAAUCGGAGACUGGUCCACAUGACAAGCUACCCCAGCAAAUACUGCUCGAAUGAGCUGUUCAAGUCCGCAAAGGUCUAUGAAGCUGGGGCCGCUUCUUUUGCUCACGCACCGCUUUUCGACUCCGUUAAGAUCGGCCCUAGCGGACGGCGAUUUCACGAUAGUAGUUUGGAAGCUAAUAACCCGAUGAGAGAAGUAUGGAUCGAAGCGAGAGGCGUUUGGCCGGCAGGGGCCUUGGAGAAUCAACUAAAAUGCAUGGUUUCCAUUGGAACUGGGGAGCCAUCGAUCAAACGGUCUCGCAGACGAUUGUUCGGUUUGGUCAAAGCGGCUGAUGUGGAUGUUGUGGACCCGGAAAUCGAUACGAAUCGGUUCAUUCAGGAGCAUACCGAGCUAGAUGAUGAGAAUCGGCUGUUCCGGUUUGAUGUUCCCAAUGGGCUGGGAGAGAUUGAUUUGGAUAGUAUUGAAGAGAUGGAGACUAUUGUUGAUGCGACUCAGGACUAUCUUGAGAAAGAGCUUGUAUAUAAGCAGAUCCGGAGGUGUGGGAGGGCUCUGGGUUGAUUUCACAGCUCAUGGGUAAAGUGAUCAUGACCUGGUUGGAGGCCUUUUGAUUUAGGUUGGUUAUUUGCAUUCUGGUUGGCUUUUUGAGAAUUAUGUGGCGGCUAUUGUCUUUCGGGCUCAUUUCUUGUUGAUAUACUCUACUCGCUUAAUUCAGUGAUUACUAUAGAUUAUUGCCCAAAUGACGCUCUGAUAAAUA